GCGUCCGGCUCCGCGGGCCGCGUGAGGCAUGGCCGCGGCGCCCGCCGCGCCGAGAGGGUGGCAGCUGCUGCUAGUGCUGAGUGCCGCGGGGCUGGGGACCCCCGGCGCCUCGCGGCCCCCCAACAUCGUGCUGCUGCUCAUGGACGACAUGGGGUGGGGCGACCUGGGGGUGUAUGGGGAGCCUUCCCGAGAGACUCCAAAUUUGGACCGGAUGGCUGCGGAAGGAAUGCUCUUCCCCAACUUCUAUUCUGCCAACCCUCUCUGUUCACCGUCCAGGGCAGCUCUGCUCACAGGCCGGCUGCCCAUCCGCAAUGGCUUCUACACCACCAACGCGCACGCCAGAAACGCGUACACACCGCAGGACGUGGUGGGGGGCAUCCCCAGCUCGGAGCGCCUGCUGCCUGAGCUCCUGAAGGAGGCCGGCUACACCAGCAAGAUCGUGGGCAAGUGGCACUUGGGCCACAGGCCCCAGUUCCACCCCCUGAAGCACGGAUUUGAUGAAUGGUUCGGCUCCCCCAACUGCCACUUUGGGCCUUAUGACAACAAGGCUCGGCCCAACAUCCCUGUGUACCGUGACUGGGAGAUGGUCGGCAGAUUUUAUGAAGAAUUCCCAAUUAAUCUGAAGACUGGGGAAGCCAAUCUCACUCAGAUCUACUUAGAGGAAGCCCUGGAUUUCAUCAGAACACAGCAGGCAAAGCAAUGCCCCUUCUUCCUCUACUGGGCCAUCGAUGCCACACACGCCCCUGUCUACGCGUCCAGACCUUUCUUGGGCACCAGCCAGCGAGGGCUGUAUGGGGAUGCCGUGCGGGAAAUCGAUGACAGCGUUGGGAAGAUACUGAGUCUCCUGAGGCGCCUGGGCAUGGAGCGGGACACGUUCGUCUUCUUCACAUCCGACAAUGGCGCCGCCCUCAUCUCUGCGCCCAAGGAAGGUGGCAGCAACGGCCCCUUCCUGUGUGGGAAGCAGACCACGUUUGAAGGUGGCAUGCGGGAGCCGGCGAUUGCGUGGUGGCCAGGGCACAUCGCUGCAGGCCAGGUGAGCCACCAGCUGGGCAGCAUCAUGGACCUCUUCACCACCAGCCUGUCCCUCGCAAGCCUGCAGCCGCCCAGCGACAGGGCAGUGGACGGCCUGGACCUCCUCCCCACGCUCCUGCAGGGCCAGCUGACGGACAGGCCAAUAUUCUAUUACCGUGGAAACACGCUGAUGGCCGUCACCCUUGGCCAGUACAAGGCCCACUUCUGGACUUGGACCAACUCCUGGGAGGAAUUCCGACAGGGCGUUAACUUCUGCCCCGGGCAGAACGUCUCAGGAGUCACGACCCACACCCAGGAGGAGCACACGAAGCUGCCCCUGGUCUUCCACCUAGGCCGAGACCCAGGGGAGAGGUUCCCACUCAGCUUUGCCAGUGAGGAGUACCAGGUUGCCCUGGAGAGAGCCACCUGGGCUGUCCAGCAGCAUCAAGAGGCCUUGGUCCCUGGCCAGCCGCAACUCAACAUAUGUGACCAGGCAGUCAUGAACUGGGCACCGCCGGGCUGUGAAAAGCUGAAGAAGUGCCUGACGCCUCCUGAGUCGGCUCCCACCAAGUGCCUCUGGCCCCAUUAGCUUCUGUUUGGACCCAGGCCAGGCUCAGAAUCUCCCGCUGGAGGAUAAGAAGGCUCUGGCCUCAGGACUCCCAUGUUGGAAGAAUUCCAGUUGCCCUCUGCCUUGCCCACCACCAGAUAGCACCUGCAACCAGUGGCAGGGCCUGAGACCACACCCAAGACCCGUCCCUAGAGCCCACAGUCUAGUGCUGUCCAGUCCUGGACCUGCCAUGCAGCUGGCCACAAAUAGGUUCUGACCACAGUAGCCCAUCCGUGCCCAGUGCCCCUGUCCAGGGUCUGGAGCCCAGGGGGCAUCUUCUCGCUGGUCUGCUUCACCCCUGGCACUGAAGACCGUGGGGCUGAUCUAAACUGAGCCCUCGGGGCUGGGCAGCAGGAGGACAGCACCCAUGGCAUCGGCCUCCCGUCCUGCGCCACCCACAGGGCUGUGAGCCGGGGGAGCUGGAGACAGGCAGCAGCCUCAGCCACCAUGGCAAAGCUGCCGGCGCUGCCGCAGAGCCGGGGUCCCCCGCCCGCCCAGCCCGGUGGGGCCUGGCCCGCCACCGCCACCGGGGCUGCUGGAACACCUUUCAUGUUUGCACGGGGACCCCUACGAAGCUGAGCUGUGGAGGGCGAGCGGAGAAGUCUGGCCAAGAAUCGGAAGCACUCCA